AUGGGCGACCACACAGCCUUCUUCUAUGGAACCCUCAUGGCCCCCGGAGUCCUGCACCGCGUGAUCCACGGGACCCACGACCCCGAACCAUGGCAGAAAUCUCUCUUGACCGUACGGCCGGCUCUCCUGCAAUCCUACCGCCGCCACCGCGUCCGGCACGCAGACUACCCAGCCAUCCUCCCGCACUCCGACUCCUGCGUCCGGGGCUCCGUGGUCACGGGCCUGACCGAAGGCGAUCUCUACCGUCUUGACAUCUUCGAGGGCGACCAGUACACCCGGCGGAAAGUGCGAGUGCAAGUCCUCAAAGACGUCGGCCUCGACGAGGCCGCGGACGAAACCCACACCCAGAUCGUCGAGGAAGCCGAGGCAGAGACGUACGUGUGGGAGGAGGGCGAGGAUACACUUGAGCCGAAGGAGUGGGAUUUUGAGGCAUUCAAGCGCGACAAGAUGAAGGCGUGGAUGGGUAUGGCCGAGGGAGACGACGGCGUCGAGAUGGACGAGGGGUUUGCAGAUGUGGAUCGGGCCGUGGCUGAGCAGGAAAAUGCUAAACAGGAUAAGGGGAACGAUCCUAUGGGAGGACGAGGUGCAAAUGGACAUAUCACGCGGCAGCUGAAAGAGGCGGCCGUAUAG